AGUAUUCGCUGGUAUUCUAACCUGUACAGUGUCCCAUAUUUGAUAAGGAAUGUAAUCAGGAUGAACACUAUCAGGAAAUCCUUGAGAAAGAACUUCGAAAUUUAUUACCCAAUGCGACUAAUAAAAAUCGCAUUAACAUAGAAAAACCCGUAGAAGUUAGUAAUUUAAAAAGAGAAUCAUCAUCAACGAUACGUUUUCCAUCUCUAUUAACAUUUCCUGGAAUAAAUGAACAAUCAAAUGUUAAAAAACAUAAUCGUAUAAAAAGUACCAAAGAAAUUCGAUCAUCGACGAUGAAUAUGAACAAUAUUCAAACGAAAGUAUCAUUAAAGAAUGUUAAUGCAUCUAAGAGAGCAUCUUUAAAUAGCAUUAUCAAUGAUUCUUCCGCAAAAUGUCAUCGCAUCAACAAUAAUAAGGAUCUUCCGAAAAUAUUAGAAAAUUCGGUUAAAACGCGUGCACAAAAUUUGCAAUCUUUUAAUUCGAAAUCGACGUUGAACAAUAAGAAAACAUUUAAUGCCUCAACGAUACCCGAAAAGAUUGUUAAUAAUAUUCCGAAAAUUGGAGAUUCUAAGAAAUCAGGGAAACAAAAACUAAAUCAUUCUAAACCGAUGAACGUUAAUAAAAACAUAAAGGAUAAAAAUGAAGAAUAUAUUUCGUCCGAAUAUAAAAAGAAAUCAAAUUUAUCGUCAGACAUCGGAUGUACAAAUUCAAAUGGAAAAAUUAGAAAAGAAUUCUGGAAUGCUCGUAUGUCGGGAAAAUCAAAGUGAAAGGGAAAAAAGUAACGAUAUUUUAAUAAAAAAAAGAAGAUCCAAAUUGGACAUUUUGGAAAAAAUAUUGAAACGUUUGGGUUAUUGCAUUUUGGACGAUCAAAGUAUAUCCUCGUCUAUUGGUUGUUACUCGAAUGAUAAACCAAGAUAUUUUAUUUUACGUAAAGUAGAGAAAUCGCCUUUUAUCAAAAACGAAAGACAGGAAACCGACGAAAUUCUUUCUUCUAUCAAAGAAGUUAUUAUUUGUACAAAUAUUGCAGCAAAUAAUGUUCGAUUAGAUUCUAAUUUCAACAACAAUAUGGCGGCCAUUUGCAAGAUUAUCAAGAAAUUCGAUGGGAUUGAUAAAGUAUCGAAGAUUUUUAAAAUGUCUUGGAAAAAAACAAAUUUCUCCGAUACUUUACGACAUGGUAAUCGAUUAAUUGAGAUACAAGAUAAUAUGAACGAUACACCGUGUUUAAAUUUUAAUAGAAAUUCACGAUUGAAGCCGUUCGAAACGAUUAAUACGAAAUCGUUACGCGGGAAGAAAUAUUCUUUUAAAUUUCUUCGUAAAAUUUGUUUCUGUAUGAAUUUAUAAAGAAAACGAUUAUAUAAAGAUGUAUUUUAUUUAAACGUUUGUGAUUAAUUGACAAAAAGAAAAAGAAUAAAAUAUAGAACUUAUUGUUAAUGAAAAAUUGUCAAGCCGAGAGAUCGAUAAAUUCUUGAGCACCACGUAGCAAUGCAACGAACGGACAUGCAACGAACUACAAAUGCAUAUAUCCCCGACGAUAGACUAUAUUGAUACACGCGUGUACGUAUGAAAAAUUUCUUCUCUCUCAUAUAAAUAUAAAAAUAUGAUAUAUAAUGAAUAUAAAAUAUAA